GUCACUGCGGUGGGGCGGGGGAGCAGCCCGAGAAAGCAGUUAGAAAGCCCGCCAAAUGCGCUACCGUGGGCGCGUCCGCGAGGGCGCGGGAUGGGGAAGAACGAGACUCUAUGGAGGGAGAAAGAGGAAGCGCGCCCCACCAGAGCUCCGCCCCCUUCCCCACGCCAAUGCCCGGGCUCCACGCGCCGUUCCGCCCAGCCUUCAGUCCCGCCUGUCAGAGCCGGUUCUUGCACUCUCCUUUGCCUCUCUGUGUCCCGGGGCCACCUCACGUUCCCCUCUCCCGCCGCUCCUGACUGAGGGCUGUCAGGGGGUUCGACUGGAGGAGAAGAGGUGACUGUCCUGGGCCGCUGCUGGCCUCCGAGCAAGCGGAGCCAAAAUGUCCCCGGAGUCUAAAAAGCUUUUCAACAUCGUUAUUUUAGGAGUUGCCUUUAUGUUUAUGUUCACCGCCUUUCAGACUUGUGGAAAUGUGGCGCAAACUGUCAUCAGGAGCUUAAAUAGCACAGAUUUUCAUGGCAGUGGAUAUACCAGCUUGGCAAUUAUUUAUGGCGUGUUCUCUGCUUCGAAUUUGAUCACUCCAUCCGUGGUCGCCAUUGUUGGACCUCAGAUCUCUAUGUUUGUCAGUGGUUUGUUUUACAGCAUGUACAUUGCCGUUUUUAUCCAGCCUUUCCCAUGGUCCUUCUACACGGCAUCUGUCUUCAUCGGAAUUGCCGCUGCUGUCCUUUGGACAGCACAAGGAAAUUGCCUGACGAUAAAUUCUGAUGAGCACACAAUCGGGAGAAACAGCGGAAUUUUCUGGGCACUCUUACAGUCUAGCUUGUUCUUUGGAAAUCUCUACAUAUAUUUUGCAUGGCAAGGGAAGACCCAGAUUUCAGAGCAUGACCGAAGGACAGUGUUUAUUGCUCUGACAGUGAUAAGCCUCGUGGGCACCGUUCUGUUCUUUCUCAUUCGGAAACCAGAUCCCGAGAAUGUCCUUGGAGAAGAAGAGUCUUGCGAUGACCAGGACAUGGAAGCCACCGAGUCUGCCCAGAACAACGUGACAAAGGCAGUCGAUGCGUUUAAAAAGUCUCUGAGGCUGUGCAUCACCAGGGAGAUGCUGCUCCUGAGCGUCACGACUGCCUACACAGGUCUGGAGCUGACCUUCUUCUCUGGGGUGUACGGUACCUGUAUUGGGGCCGUAAACAAAUUUGGGACAGAAGAGAAAAGCCUCAUUGGACUUUCUGGAAUUUUCAUCGGCAUUGGAGAGAUUUUAGGUGGUAGCCUCUUCGGUCUGCUGAGCAAGAACAGUCGCUUUGGCAGGAACCCGGUCGUGCUUCUCGGCACCCUGGUGCACUUCGUAGCCUUCUACUUGAUCUUUCUCAACAUGCCCGGAGACGCGCCCAUUGCCCCUGUGGAAGGGACCAACAGCAUUGCGUACAUCAGGCCCAGCAAAGAAGUUGCCAUUCUCUGCAGUUUUCUGCUGGGUCUGGGAGACAGCUGCUUCAACACCCAGCUGCUUAGCAUUCUGGGUUUUCUCUACUCAGAAGACAGUGCGCCAGCCUUCGCAGUCUUUAAGUUUGUUCAGUCGAUCUGCGCAGCCGUGGCCUUUUUCUACAGCAACUACCUCCUCCUCCACUGGCAGCUCCUGGUCAUGGUGAUAUUUGGGUUUUUUGGAACCAUUUCUUUCUUCGCUGUGGAGUGGGACGCUGCUGCCAUCGUGGCCCGAGGCUCGGACUACCGAAGCAUUUGAUGAGACAAGUGUCUCCAAGAAACACAGCUGGUCACAUGGCAGCUGGUUAAAUCCGACGGCCUGUCAGUCUCAUAAUCGCUAAAGCGAGAACGGAGACUGUGAAAUCGGGCGGGGUUGGUAGUAAAGUUUACAUAUCCUAGUGGCACACACUAGCGGAGGAAGGGAAUCCCGCUCUAUCCAUUACAGCUGUUCUGAGAUGUUUGUCCACCCCCUCCCUCAGUUCCUCACAAUCAGGGCUCCUCCAUCCUCAUUCUCGAGGAACGAUCCUGCCUGGCUCGCCAUGUGUCACGGGAUCCUUGCUGGCUGUGGAGUAUGCCUCACUCUUUCGAAAUAGGAAGCAGAUGCCACUCCACGUGUGGGUCUGGGAAUGACUUUCUGAUACACAGCAAGGAUGCUGAGACACGUUGUUUUGAGACAGGAUCUCACUGCGUAGUCCAGGCUGGUCUUGGACUUGCAGCCCUCCCCCGCCUCCAGUGUUGGGGUUAUUGCCCAACACUGGAUUUAAAACGCUCCAAUCCUAAGAGUUAGGGUCUUGAUAUGCAGCCUCGGCUGGCCUGGACUUUGUAUACCAGGCAAUGCUCCUGCCUUUGUCUCCAGAAUGCCUGGGUGGUGAGAAUAUGCUACCACACACCGCUUGGCCUGAGACUUCAACUUCUCCUAAAAUGCUUUAUUGAACAAGUCUUACCUUGUCACUCCCAGCAAGGGGCCGGUUAUGUGUAAUGAGGUAAAGACUGUGUCAUUUGUCAACUAAUAAAAGCAUAUUUAGAGAAGGAAAGAGUAUUUCCUGGGAGGGGGAGGACUUACGCUGUGGUUGUCCUGACCUAACGUUACAAUAAAGACAACUCCAUCCUCUA